AUGUCAUCGACGGCCAAUGAUCCGCGUCAGCCAUCGGCGGCGAAGCGCUACGUGCCGUCAGCGGUGGCGCCGCAAGAUCUUCCAGUGGAUUACUCCGGUUUGAUCGCCGUCGUCUUCGGUAUCGCCGGCGUCAUGUUUCGCUAUAAGCUGUGCUCGUGGCUUGCCAUCAUAUUCUGUGCUCAAUCACUGGUCAACAUGAAGAACCUUGAAAACGACAUCAAACAGAUCUCCAUGGCCAUGAUGUUUGCUAUUAUGGGAUUGGUAACCAACUACUUUGGACCUCCUCGUCCGGGCACACAAAAGAGUUGA